UGUGGUAGCGGCAGCCGGUGUGCCCGCACGUCAGUGUCGCGCGUGUUCUUCCACUCCAGCACCGCGUACUCCGCACCGAUGCAACGUCCUUGGAGAUGAGCUCCGGGUGCACCGCCCGUCCCGCCCCGCCUCUUUCCGUCUCGCUCGCACUCCCCGCGGCGCGCUCGCGCCCUCUCCCUCCCGCGUCAUGCCGCACGCGCACCGGCAUCGCCUCCUCUCAACACUGCACUUCUUACUCCUCACUGGCUUCCUUCCCUCCUUUUUCGCGGAGCGCAGUAGCUCGCAGCGCUCGCCCCCUCUAGAAGAAGCCGUGGAACUUCUCCGCGACGCCCCUCUGUACCCUCCAUUACGUGAAGAUGUUUCAACCAACGACAACCCUGAACUCACGGAACAAUCCAAUAACAUAGUAUACGACACUGAGACCAGCAUCGAAGAGAGUAAUAUACAAGUAACUCCAGACGAAUCCGAGCCCAAAUUUCGUGGAGAUGCAUCGGAGGAUGUAGACAAUUCUAAUCUUAAAUACAGUGUUGAUAACGACGAAUAUUCUGCUACAGCAGAUAUCGAAGAUAUCCCUUUCCUUAGACCUGUAUAUCCUGAAGAGAAUCUGUUCAAAUCUUCCUUCUCAGACAAAGAAGAUACAAACGAUGUUUUUGAAGCAUCCAGAGAUGAUGACGAUGAUUCUCAAGAUAUAAGUUUUUUCACUUCAACGAAAUAUGAUAAGUCCAACGAAAACGAAUUUAGAACUAUAAGAGAAACAAAGGAGUACAGAGAAGAGAACCUGAAUGAGGCUGAUAAAGUAAAUAUUAUUGUACCUGAUGAUGAUGAUUUAUUGGCUAAGAAAGUUAUUGAGGAGAAUAAGAAUUCUGAAAUCGACUUAAUUACUUUAGGGAAAAAUAAACAGGAUGAUCCGGGCAUAUUGAUAGCUCCCGACUUUAGCACGAAUGCUAAGGAUUCUGUUUUAAUAAUUUCUGAUGAAUCGACUGUGGAAGAUGAGGAGGUCAGUCAAAGCGGUACUCAUGAUUUCGAUACGACAGUCGAAACUAUAACAGAUACCAAUGAUAAUUCUAAUACUUACGAUUCAAAAAGAAACCAAGAAAGAAUUAAACGGAGCCAAGAUUGGGAUAAAUCGACAAAGACAUCCCGUCGCGUGAAGACUGGCGACACCAUCCUGAACAUCCGCGGUGCCGUACGAGACGCCAUCGGAGACGCAGGCGCGGCGCCGGGCCCGCGCGCCUCCACCCGCCUGGACGCCUUCGUCAUCAGACCCGCGCCAGCACCACGCCAGCCGCUGCGGGACGAGCCACGACCCGACGCCGAAGAGCCGGCACCCAAACCUGUCACCUCGCAGAAGCAGGAUCGCGAGCUGCUGGUGGCGGCACACUCAUAUGUGCGCAUUCCAUGCGACCUCAUCAACGUCACCAAUCUGCGCUGGUACAAGGACAAUGAGGCGGCGCUGUUGUCCACUGCUCUGCCGGGGGCAGACGGAGCGGGUGCAGCGGGCGCGGGUGGCGACGGCGCGUUGCAUAUCCCCCGCGCGGCGCAGGCCCACACCGCGCGCUGGCGCUGCGCCGGACAAGACACUAAAGGACGCGCGCGCGCAGGGAAACCUACCAGAUUACUUGUAUACGAGGCGGUGCGGUCGGUGUACCUGGCGGUGGAUGGGCGGCGGCUGGACGCGGGCAACACGUGGGUGCCGGUGCGCGACACCGCCGUGCUCGAGGUGCAAUGCUUUGCCGAGGGGGGCGUGCCCGCGCCCGAGCUGACGUGGCGACUCCUGGCGCAAGAACCGGCGCUCGACCACCGACCCUACCUACGCGUCUACCACACCAACCACUCCGUAGAGGGCGUGCGCUGGUCGCGCGCGGUGGUGACGGCGGCUCGCGAGCUGCACAACGCCACGCUGCGGUGCGCGGCCGUGCAGCGGCGCCCCCCGCCCGCCGCGCCGCGACCCCCCGACGCGCCCCCCGAGCCCCCCGCGCAGGACGACCUCAGCGCACAGCUGCAGAUACAUGUCACAUAUCCACCGUCUUUCGUUAUAUCUCGGUGGCCGGGAUUCGGCGCGCGGCUGGUGGCGGACUAUCCUCAACAUCCGUUUAGCUUACACUCUGAUAGAUACGUGAAGGAGUGA